AUGCAACCUUUUUUGCUGUCCAACGUAACUGUCAGGGUGGGCUUUGUGGAGCGGAUCGCAGCCGUCACCCUGACCACCGCCUUCUGCUCAGUCAUCUUUUUUGUCAACGGGGCUAUGUUGUUCACCUUGAGGAGGAAAGGUGUUUUUCGUGAAACGGCGCGCUACAUCCUGUUAUUCAACCUGCUUCUUGUAGACACGCUUCAGCUAAGCAUCAGCCAGCUAAUGUACUGUCUGAGCGCCUCUCGCGUCACCCUCCCGUAUCCCGUGUGCGUCCUUUUCUGCUUGUUUGUCAGUCUUCUCACUAGAAUGUCUCCUGUACUGCUAGUUGCAAUGUCAUUGGAGAGAUAUGUGGCUGUGUGCCACCCUCUCCAACACGCCUCCGUCACUACCGUCGGGAACACGGCGGUGGUCGUAUACGCCUUGUGGAGCUUUUGUUUUUUCACUGUUCUCAUUCAGGCAUUUUUAUUUAUAUAUUAUUUUCCUUUCGACCAACUGGAGAGUCUGCAAAUGACAGAGUUUUGCAGCUACAACACCCUGCUCCUUGUGUCUGCCGGUCAAAUCCACCACACUGUUUCCACGUUUUUUGUGUUCAUCUCAGCAGGUCUGAGCAUUAUUUUCAGCUACGUGGGUGUAAUCAUUGUGGCCAGAUCAGUGGCCGCAGACAAAGACUCCCCAACUAAAGCUCGUAACACACUGCUGCUGCACCUGUUCCAGUUGGGCCUCUGCCUCUUGUCAGUGCUCUACAUAACUCUGUUAUCAAGGAUCGCCACUUUCUUUGAAUGGCUGCUUUUCAUGCGACUCCAAUCUUUUUUGUUUGUAUGCUUUAUCCUUCUGCCCAGAGGUCUGGGUUCGCUGGUGUAUGGCCUGAGAGAUCAGAGCCUCAGGGUUCCGUUUCUGUACCAUCUCUGCUGUCACGUUGCAUUGUCAAUCGCUUCUGAUUAA